AAUCUGUAACGGUCAUUUUCUACAAUUUAAGUAAUUUUAAAGUUUAUACACUAACAAGACAUGGAUUCGAAUAAUUCUAAUCCAACAAGGAGCUUUUCUGGAAUGUCUAUACAACUAUCACCACAACGUGUGCCUCCUCGGCAGGAAAAGAAUCCCAAAAGACAACGCAAGUUAGCAGAUGUGGCCAAAUUGCCUUCAGAAGAAGCGAAAAAUGUGCUUUUUGAGAAACUCUUAAACGAUCCAGAGAAAAAACGAAUGGUGAUACAAAUACUACAUGAAAAUAGAGCUAUAAUUCAGGAGCAUUUACAAAAAGAACAAGGGACUUCAAGUCCUAUCAAUAAAAUUAAAUCUACAGUGUCAAAUGAUAGUCCAACAGCUUCUAUGAAUGCAGCCAAAUUUGAGAAUAAAAUGAAGAGUUUGGCACUUACACCAUCCAGAAAACCACCCAAGAAAAGUUUAUUGAAAGGAGUUAAUGCUUAUGUUGAGGUGAUGGAUGCAAACUAUACUGACAAAUCUGCAGGAGUUAAAGCAUUGCUUCUGAAGAUGGGAGCCACUGUUGCUCCAAAAUUGACUAGUGCAUGUACACAUGUUAUUUAUAAAGAUGGGAGUUAUGAAACUUUCAAGAAAACAAAACAAUUGAAGUUGCCAUUGGUGUCUAUCUUAUGGUUGGAUGUUAUGGACAGAACUGGAAUCAGAGCACCACCAGAAAUCUAUCCAGCACUUGGUGAUUAUGAUGCUAAACAAACCUGUGAUAAACUUUGUGAAAAAUUGGGCACCAAACGUCGGUCUUUAAGCGCAUCUUCACUCUCAAAUAUUUCACCACGCAAGACGAUCACCUCUAGAUUUGAACUAGAUGAUGAUUUUAUGAUUAAUGAUAAAGAUGAUGAUGAAAUCAUUGAAAGUUCACAGCCUGACACAAACUCUACGCUUUUGAAUAUGACGCGACAAAGACUUCAAAAUAAGUCGAUCAUUAACAACAAGAAUACUCAUGAUGAUAGUUCAAGCUCUGAUAUGUCUGAUGCAUCAUCAGAUACGCCGCUGAUUGCAGGUCGUGCAUCGCGCAAAUCUAAAGCUGAGUUGAAUGCAUCGAUGCAACUUAGUGAAAAUCUUCGAAAUAAUUCUUAUAUUAGACGCACCUAUGAUGCAGAUAAAGAAAACAGUAGUAGUUCAGAGCUAACAACAAAGAAAAGUUUGUUUAAACAUGUUACUAUGAGGCGCACGAACACACCUAAGACAAAAAGGGUACCGGAAGAAAAGGAGAGUGAUUUAUCACCUACAGCAGUACCUGCCACACCCAAUACUCCAAUACGUACAAGGAGGACACUGCUACACCCGGAAUUAUUGGGUAUUAUUGUUGAUGAGACUGAUAAUGCAAGUGUUUCGAUGGAUUUAACGAAGCAAAGAAGUUUAUUAACUAAAACAAUUAGUGAUACUCCGAAAAAUAAUGUUACUAGAAGGAAAACCAAUAAUUUAGUUACUGAUAUGGAGAUUACUAAUGCAAAUGUACUUCCGAAAACAAACUUGACAAAAUCAGUUGUAGAUAGAACUUCUAUAUCAUCAACAAACACUAGUAAAUCUGAUGAUUUAAUAUCAUUUGCAGUAAAGAGGUCUUCAAGAAGGAAUACAAUUUUACAAAAAACACCUGAACCAUCGGAGCAGAUCAAAGUUAUUUCCCGGAAAUCUGAUGACAAAGAUACAAAUGCAUCCCUUGAGAAAUUGUCAUUAAGAAUCUCAGAUGGCACAGAAGUGGCUCAAGCUAAUAAAAAUUCAUCUUACGGAACACCAAAGUCACUGAAGAACAGUAAGAGUCCUGAGAAAAAUACAAAGACUUCUACAGCUUCAUCAUCAAGUGCAAAAAGUAUUUCAGAUGGUUCUGAUGAUUAUCAGGAGAUUGUUCAAACUAAGAGGAAGACAUCCACUGCUAUACUAAAGACACCUGUGGUGAAUAAGAAGCAAAGUAACCAGAUUAUGGAACGUACUAGAAGUUCUUUGGCAUCAUCAGCGAAUACAAGUACGAAUGAUUUAACCACCAGAAGAAUUACAAGAAGAAUGACAAUUCAUAUGAGGACGAAUGAACACAAUUUGAAUGUAUCAAAGUCCCAACUAUCUAAUAUUUCCGAUGCGAAAACGAAAAAUUCAACCGAUGCGGAGAUAUCAUUAAGAGUAUCCGAAAAAACGAAUUCUUCAGGCGUUCCAUCUCUGAGAGUCUCAGUAGGAACAUCGGUGGAGGGGGAAAGUUCGUCAACAAAUUCAAAUGAAGGAUCACCAGGCAAUGCGACAAAGACAAAACAAAUCGCAGUAAGUCCUUUAUCUGACCUUAGUCAAAAACUAAACAAAACUUCGAUAAGCAACAAUAAGAAAAUGAAUACCAGUUCAACCAAGACCGCCUCCACUUGUUAUUCAAUUAUUGAUGAUAGUACGGAUACAUCGCGCGGUGAGCAAUCGACGCGAUCAAAAUCAGGUAGGCCGAGCCUAAUCAGUAAUUUGACAUCUUCGCGUGCCACUACCACCACUACAUCAAGUGAUGCUUCAAAGACUUCUAAUAAGCGCAAACUUUGUAAUCCUGAUAAUGCACUCGAGGAAUCAAUACUUGACGAAGACGAUGAGGAAGAAGAACGCAACAUUCGAACACAAGAUACACAGUUGAAACUUAGAACUGACGCGACAAGAAAACAAUUGGAGGAUAGACUUGAAUCACUUCCGAUUUCUGGUAAUCAAGGGGCAAAAACCAGAGAUGAAAAUAAAAAAGUUCAUAAUGAUGACGACUUUGAAGAGCUACCAUUACAAACGCAGCGCUCUCAACCGAUACCGACGCAAACACAACAAAAAAAGAAUAAAUCGAUAGUAUGCACGCGUUUUCACUCACAGCAAAUCGUAGAAUUCCAAAAUAUUGUUAAAAAGUUAGACGAAUUUAUCAUUGAACAAAAUGUGAGCAGCAGGACUACUCACCUCGUUGCGAUGGAGGCUUCCAGAACUGUGAAUUUACUACGUGCCAUGUCGCGAGGAAUAUGGAUAUUACGCAGCGAAUGGUUGUACGAUUCAAUGAAAGCCGGCAAAUGGUUAGAAGAAGAUGCUUAUGAAAUAACUGAAUUCUCACCUUUGGUGCAGCAGCUUAGAUUGCAACGGGAAUCAUUCGGGAAGGCGUUCUCACAUGACGUGUUCACAAGUUGCGGAGCGAUUCACAUUUCUGCUGACUGUCGACCCAGCAAGCAGGAUUUGGAAGAACUGGUAAUACUUUGCAAAGGUGAAGUGACAAAUGACAUAGAAGCAGCAAAAAUUGUAAUAGGGGGUAAUAGUGACAAUGAAAGCGAAUCUAAAGUCUAUGUGAAAGAAGGAUGGAUUCUAGACUGUAUAACUUUCGGACGUUGCAAGAAAUUUAAGAAUUAUUUAUCCAACCAAUGACAACUUCACAUCAAUGAAGAUAGGAUUUUAAUCUUUUUAUUUAUCUAUUUGUAUGUGCAGCUGCGUGCAUUUUAUAUUAUAGUAUUUGGUAGAUCCAACAAAACAAAA